AUGGGCCGCAUCGACCAGUUAUUCACCCCCGAUGGUGGGUCGAAGCGCAGGGCGCAGGAGGAGUCGUGGCCAGACCAGGUACCAGAGGAGGUGUAUAUCAACGCUUUCCAGCAGGUGACAGCCCUCACCAGCCGAGUCUUCGCGAGCAUGUACGGACAGAAGUGGUUUCGCAAGUGCCAGAGCAAGCUGGAUUUCAGCGCGGACAGGUUUUGUCUGGAGACGCUGGAGGGCCCAGAGCUCGGUCUGUUCCACCCAGGCCUCUCCCUGUACCGCGCGAAGCAGCUGAAUGUGGCGCGGAACAAGCUUGCAGACAUUGAGUGCCUCAACCGCAGGAGGGAGGGAGGCAGAUUCGAGUUCGAGCAGCUUAGCCAGCUCAGGGCCUCCUGGAACUCGCUCACGUGGGUGAGGCUCGAGCUACCUACGCUCGUCGAGGUGGACCUCAGCUACAACGACCUGGAGCGCCUCCCUGGAUUGAAGCCUCUGACGGCCCUGAGAUAUUUGGCACUCUCUCACAAUCGGAUCGACGACAACAUAUUCCAGCUGGCUGAAAACUCGCAGCUACAGACUCUCAACCUGUCGUCCAACAGGUUGUCUUGGAAGCCGUCGUGCUUCCUUGAGCAGAUCCGCGCCCUGGACAGCUGCAUGGUGGUCGAGCUGCAACUGUGGCCGAACCCCUUCGCAGGCCACUUCCGAGAGUACCAGUUUCUUACGCUGACUCACUUGUCAGGGCUGCGGACCCUGGACGGGGUCCAAAUUGAUGCUGCCCUGCGCAGCACUGUACGAAUGAUGCAGGAUGACCUGGCCUCUAAGGGCGCCAUCGACUACGGCCUCUUCGACGCUAGUGUCGCGGAGCGUCAGCGUUGUGCUGAAUACCGUGUGGUGGACGGCCCUCUGGAGCUGGCAGCGGUAGCCGCGGUGCCAUGCAUGGCCACGCUGCAAAAAGUGCUGGCGGAUGUUCUCGACUGUCCUGACCAGGCGAGCCAGCACAUGGAGACGUUCGAGGAGCUCGUGUCCCGCGUGCAGGCCGUGCCCUAUUCCGACAGACGCCGGCUGAUGCGCGUGGAGUGGACCUCGACCUGGCAGGGCCAAUGUCAGGGUGAUGAUGGCCGUGGUCCGAUGCGGGACAUGUCCGAAGAGGAGGAGGAGUCGGCCGCACACGACUUCGAGGUAGCCGUGCAGCAGGUGCUCGGCAGGCAUGGCGGCGUUCAGGGCGUGGUCUUGCGAUGCUUGGUGCGUCUGAUCAGCUGCGCCAGCCGAGCGCUCUCGAGGCGCUGCGGCCGGUUGUUGUCGGAUGUGAUCGAGGCCAUGAGCGACCCUGAGUUGAGUCCAGAGCUUGAGGAGCUCAUGCACGAGCUGUGGCCCUGCCUCUUACCUGGCACACCCGGCAUCAACGAGUUCCCCAUGGACGCGAACUGCCGGUACCGCGGCAUCGAGCUGCCCGACGGGGUAGCAGUCGCGUCGACCUUCGACGGCGCCACCGAGGCCGAGCUGUUGGAGUCGAUCUGUAUUCUCGGCUCGCUGGGCCAGUUCGUGAACAUCCACUACGAAAGCGUUGCGAGGACGCUGCCGUCGACCUCCUUCGCGCGGGCGCUGCGACCGCUGGUGCCGUUGCUCUGCCGGGAGGCUCGUGGAAAGCUCGGGAAGGACAUGCCAUAUUGCGGUUGGGCGGCGUACUGCGACCGCGACGCUUUCGCCGGCGAGAGCGCCGACGUGGUGGAGGUGCCGUCGAGCGGGGCAGAGAGCCUGUGCAAGGAGCAGUGCGUCGCCCGUGGCUUCGGGGGCUUCGUGCUGUCGAGGCUGGUAGACCAGCCGGGGGUCUCGCGGGUGGAGUUCAAGGCACAGCCGGCGGAGCUGCUCGUGGGCCUGCGCCGGGCAGGCUGCGGCCGCACGCUGUGGGUGCGGCCCUUCGAGCCACGGCACUCGUGUGCGGCGCGGAGCACGGAGGCAGCGGUGAAAGCAGACGACCACCUCGUCUGGCUCGCCUGGGUCAACUGCGUGCGGACCCUGGUGGUAGCCGGCAGAGAUGGCCACGCGGCCGCGAUGUGCAUCACGGGGUUCCAGGUCCAUCAGACAGUCGCACACCACAUCAGGGCCCUGUGCAAGUGGGCCGCGGCCGAGCGGCACCACUUUGGGCAGCGCGUGCGGGAGUGCGAUGUGCAGACGGCCCGGAUCGCGGAGAAGGGGGGCGCGAUCGGGCCCUUCUACGCGGACUGCAGGGCCGGGCCAUUCCACGUCAUGCUGCAGCUCCUGACCUUCGCGCGGGAGCUCGUGAUGGCGCCCGGCGAGGCAGGCUUAGAGGCCGCCAAGUACUUUGUAGAGAACGAGAUUCACAGGUGCCUCUUCAAGAAGUUGCGCCAGUGCCUCAUCGAGAACGGCCACGCGAUUGCCUCGAGGGAGGUUCAGGCCUCGGGGGUGGACGUCCUGCUGGAGGCUCUCGUCUCGGAGCUCGUGUCGGCGCUGACCACGCUCGUGCGCUACAGCACGGACGAGGUGGCGGACGUCGUGAUGCAGGAGCUGGGGAACGAGGCCAUGGAUGUUUUUGGCGCGCUGCUGCACAUUGCAGCAGAGCCUGUGGCGGCGGAUCCGAUGCUCCUGGCAACGGCGCUCGAUCUCAUCCACGUCGCGCUCGAGAGUGACGUGACGCGGGCGCAGGCGAUCCCAUUGGUGCUGGAGGCGCUGGAUGAUGGAUUGAAGCUCCUGCCGUAUAUUCGCGAGCCUAGGUUGCCAGAUGGCAGGGACAAUCGCAAAUUUCAAGAUCUUUGGUACCAGUGCAUUUGCAAGUACAAUCGGGACACCCACCAGUGCGCGUGGCUGAUCGAGCAGAAGGGCGAUGAUUGGAGGUCGCACGUUCCUGGGCUGACGGACCUGCAGCAGCCGCUCAUUCACGCUGUGCUUAUCGGCGUGGUGAAGAUUUUUACCAUAUUCAGCUGCUGCGCCAGUAUGGACCUGACAGGGAGACUGCGACAGGCCACCUGGAAGCUCCACCGCUCCGGCCGAAAUCAGCUGCUGGCCAACUCGAACACUGGCCUGGUGACUUGCCCAAGCCAUGACGUGAAGAUCUGCUGCAUCAGGUGCAUCAGGGAGGUGCUGCACUCUGACCCAGAGCAGUUCAGCCUGAUGGACGUGGGCUCCCUGGUGUCGCACCUGACGUCGGCCUCCAUCGGAGUUUCGAAGCAGGAGGAGUUCCUCAUGGAGGUCCUCGACCUCUGUAUCUUGCUGGUGAGGGACAGCGGCGUCACAGGCCACUCCUUCAGGGAGACGUACGCGACCAUGAUCAUCCGUGAGGCCUACAGCAUGCUGCGCACAAGCGUAGGCCGAGCUCACGCAGAGGCGCUGGAGCCGGACCAGAUGGCAAUGAGGCGUGCCUUGAUCUUCCAGAUCUUGGAGUUGCUGUACGAGUGCUCGCAGCGGCAUUCAGGGGGCAUGCGGCGGUUCUUGCUGCGGCAGGACCUGGUCCAGAGCCUCAAGUACGUCCUCCAGCUGUCGGACCGCCUGGCCCAGCGCACCAGCUUCUGCGACGGCCACGCCAUGGGCGAGCUGGAAUGGGGCCUUCUUCGCAGCUGGACCGCCAGGUGCACCACCGAGAUCCUGCUCCCGCUGAUCUGCCACUCCGUCGUAUCGAUCGCCAACCCCUGCAGGUACUACGCGCUCACUCGCCUCGCCGACCUGCUGCAGGGCCGGCGCUACCGGCCCGAGCUGGCCGCUCAGACCGGCAGGGUGCCAGCGCUGCCGACCGAGGCCGCCCCGUGGCCGGGGCCGCGCAGCCUGCUGCAGGAGAUAUACGAUCACGACCUGGAGGAGCACGAGAGUUGGGAGCAGCAGCAGGGCGAGCUUGCCUCGGGCGACGGGCUGCGCGCCAUCGUAUCGUUCGUGCUGCGGCUGGCCCUGACGCGCGAUGACACCAAGGCCGCGGCGCAGCGGGGGCAGGUCAUAGCCAGGGAGCUUCUGGACUGCAAUGAGGCUGCCGUCCGAGCGGUGUGGGACAGCGCCAAGCCCUUGCCCCCCCAGCUGGAGCCACAGGCCAGGGAGAAGGCGUCUCCGCAGGAACGCAUUCAGAGUUACAUACGUGACGUCUCCAUCCAGAUCCAGAUGCAGCUGAUGCUCAGGCUGAGGUGCGUCAACGAGAAGGUCAUGUCAUUCUUCGGUGUCAGCUGCGAGAACUUCGACCCGACUACUGGUAGGAGCUCCUUGUGGAAGAUGGCCGAGGUUCUGGGCGACAGCUUCCAGCUCAACAGCCGUUUCUGGCAGGAGCAAUUCCGCAGUCACCCUUCGGCUUUUGAAGCCUUGCUCGCCAUCGAGAACUACUAUUCCCUGCCCGGGCGGGCGCAGCUGUUUUCUAGCACCGAGCUCCGCCUGAGGAAUUUGCCGAUACCCAAGACCGCGCAGGCCAGCGACGACUUGAAGGUCCUCAUGCCAGACGCCCAGGUGGCGCAUAUUUUGCUGAAGAAGUCGCUCGUCAGGAGAGCACCCAAGAACAUUACUAGAGCCGACGCGUGGGCCAGCAGCGAGUUCGCCUGCCAGCAGGGCCAGUUGCAUAAGCAGCAGGUUGGGGCCGAGACCAAGCAGUUGCUGUCAGAAGGCCUUUGCGACUUCAUCGAGCCACACGGCGGUAUCGUCAUGGACCCUGGGAUCGUACCUGAGCUCGAGGUGGCAACCAAGGCAAAGUACAAGUACAGCGGAGACGUGAGCCGCGUGAAGGACAUCUCCAGCCUUAUCAUCAUCUACCCCUCCAUCAAAGAACUGGCCGCCGCACUGCCCAACUUCAUCGCCACCCGGCGGCUGCUGAUCCGGAGGGUGCGCAAUCGCUUCGUGUUGCCAACGAACUUGGGGCGCCGCUUCUUUAUUGCGCACGUGGAAGUACAGCUGCCCAGCUCGGAAGACAAUGCGAAGCCCAGGACUCACGUCUGCGAACUGCGCCUGACCGUGGGCAAUUCCUCUCACUAUCUCCAGCCAUCCAGCCAUGCCCUGCUAUCUUUUGCCAUGCCUGCCAUCCCUUACGUCCUGCGACGCCAUAUCCAGCUAAACUACUGCGGGAGACGUGCCGGGUCGAGUGCUGCGAGUUGUGGAACCUCGCAGGGUUCAUCACGUACCACCUCGAGUGCCGUGCGAUUCGCCAUGGGGACACAGUCGUCCUCACUUUCCGGAAGAGACAUUUCCAGGUCGACAAAGAUCGCGUUUUCAUUGCGGUGA